AUGAGCAGCGACAGCGGUAGUGGUGGAGACAGACCGGUGCUGUACUCGUACUGGCGCAGCUCAUGCUCGUAUCGUGUCCGUAUAGCGCUCGCCUUCAAGGGCAUCGAUUACGAGUACCGGGCGGUUAAUCUUGCGGCCAAGGGCGGGGGCGAGCAGCACCAGACUGAGUACGAGCGUCUGAACCCCAUGAAGGCCGUGCCCACGCUCCUCAUCGACGGAGCCGCCAUCGGUCAGUCCGUGGCCAUCUUGGAUUCACUCAACGGGCUCGAGCAGGAGACGAGGCCCGAGCCUUCGCUGCUGCCGGCCGCGGGCCAGGGGGCGACGGCAGCGGUGCAGCGCGCCAAGGUGCGGCAGCUGGUGCAGAUCAUCUGCGCCGACACGCAGCCGCUCCAAAACAGCUCGGUGCUGGCGGCGAUCGCUGGCGAUGACGAGGAGGGUAAGGCCGCCUUCGCGCGCAAGUGGAUCGAGCGUGGCCUUCGAGCCUACGAGAAGACCAUUGAGACGACGGCAGGUCGGUACAGUGUGGGCGAUGAGGUCACCCUGGCCGAUCUGGCUCUGGUGCCACAGCUCUACAACGCCCGUCGCUUCGGCAUCGACGUCACGACGGCCUUCCCUGCUCUUGCGCGCAUCGACGAGGCCCUGCAGCAGCUGCCAGCCUUUCGAGCGGCCCACCCCGACGCUCAAAUCGAUGCCCCGGCCUCACAACAACAAGGACCACAAUGCUGA